AAGUGUAGUGUUGAGAUUCCCAGUCCUGUGGUGCGUGGCGCUACAAUGGACUACCUGGCAACCCGUGAGGAGCUCCAAGUAUAAUAGCGAGGAGGAAGUCGCUACCGCAUUAUUUUACAACACGCCAUGAGAAGAGAAGUGAUACUAUUGGCGGCAGGACUGGCAGCCGUGGCUGCCCUCCCGAUGCUGGAGCAGGCGCCACCAUCCCACAGUGACUUAUUAAAGAUUAUUCUCAGUGCUAAUCCUGAGGAAAAUGACCUUGCACUGACUAAAGGUGACAAACAAUCUGUUUUGUCUACCAAAGUGGAGGAGCAGCCACAGCCACAACAACUACAGGAAGAGUCAAAGUCACAACCACAAAACCCACCACAGACACAGCCACAGUCACUAGUCUCAUCAAAACCUCAGCCACAAGACCCACCACAAGAUGAGCCACAGCCACAAGACCCACUACAAGAGGAGCCACAGCCACAAGACUCUCCACAAGAGGAGCCACAUCCACAAGACUCUCCACAAGAGGAGCCACAGCCUCAAGCCCCAACACAAGAGGAGCCACAGCCACAAGAUCCAACACAAGAGGAGCCACAGCCACAAGCACCAACACAAGAGGAGCCACAGCCACAAGAUCCAACACAAGAGGAGCCACAGCCACAAGCACCAACACAAGAGGAGCCACAGCCACAAAACCCACUAGAGCCUCAGCCUCAGCCACAAGAUCCUGAGACAGACCCAAGUGAAGGGCCUUAUGUAUCAGAAGGUGAAGUACAAGGUGACGAGUCACAGCCUGAGGUAGUUCAAGUAUGGCCUUUGUCGCCAUUCAUACAAGUCUAUCCACAAGAAGAAAAUCUUUCAUAUGAAUCUGAAGAACUUGAGCAAGAUGUAUUUAACCCUGAUCAACAGAUGGAAAUGUUUCCUGGCGAGACAGACGAAGGAUAUGUGGUGGUAGAGGCAAAUGAGGAGCUACCUUCCUUGGAUACAGAAGGUACAUUUGAGUAUGAACAAAGGAUGAUCCCAUUCCCAUUCAAUCAGGAGGAGCCAUUCCUGCCCAAACCAGAAGAACCACAGAUGGAACCUGUUACAUAUGAUUCUGAUGAGGAGGAACUCUCUUUUGAGCCAAAGAUGGAUUCCUUCCCUUUUGAACAGGAAAAACUCCCAAUGGAGGAUGUUUCAGUUGAAUCACAGCAGGAUUCAUUUUCUCAUGAUUCUGGAGAAUUUCUUGGGCCUGGUCUAGUGGAUUCUUUCCCACUUGAUGAGGAACUUCUGGAAACAGAGUAUGAAGAAGAGCCACAUGAGAUGGAAGAAGGGUAUUUUAGGUCUGAUGACUAUGAUUCUGGAUCUCCUACGAUGGAAGAACAACCAGACUAUGAUUAUGGACUGAAUAUGGGGGAAGACCAACUGCACUGGGGAGGCAAUAUGCCUUCAGUAAAUGAUGAUGGUCCAGUUGAGGAAUUGUAUCAUGAAUCACAAGAUGACAGCCCAGUGGACCUCUUCAGCUGGCUUGUUCCUGACUAUUUUGAUGAGUCACUAGACUAUGAUGAACCACCUUUUAUCACCAGCUAUCAUGAUGACACAUCUGAUAAGGAUUCCUUUAAUGGUGAACCUGAGAUGCAGUCUGAGCCUCAUGAAAUGGACCAGAUUCCAUACUGGGAAGAAGCUUAUGUUCCUGCUGAAUUUUUUGAUGACUCACACUUAGAAGACAAACAUAUAGUGGAGGAUGAUACUAUGGAGCAAAUAUUACCUGAAGGGACUGAGGAGGCUGCAUUUGAGACAGAGGAUGGUGCUGGGGAUGUGUCAUUUGCUGACUUCUACAUCCCAAUAAAUGAUGACUCAGCCUUCAUUGGUAUCCCACAAGAAUAUCCUGAGAACAGUAAUUCAGAGGAUGGAGGGGAGGAACUAGUUCCCCUCAAUGAGGAAGAAUCAUUUGAUGAUGGCCUUUUUCCUGUAGAACCACAAAUGAAAACUUAUCAGGAUGACGAGGAACAAGGUAUGCCAGAUGUAGAGAUGUUUGGUGAUAUUCUGUUCCCUGAAUAUCCUCCAUUCAACGAUGAAAGAUCUAGUUUGCUAUGGCCUGCUGAGGAUAGCAAUGAAGACCAAACAGAGUAUCUGGGAGAAGAUGUACCAGUCACCAUCUUUGAGAGCCAACCAACUUAUGUUGCAGAUGUUGAGCCUGAGAUUAAUUACCCCUCUCUGCUAGACAUCAUGAAGAGGGAAAUUGUAAAAGAGGAGCAGGUUGACCCCUGGAGUGGUGCAAAAUUCUUAAUGAUGGAUACCAUAUCAAACUUGGAUACAGAGGAUGACAAAAUUCCAUCAUUGAGGAGAGAUGAUGUAUCAGAUAUCCUUGAAAAUGAUGCCAUGAAUAUCAUUGUUUUCAAAGAAAACAGAAAAAAUGUUGAUGACUUCCCCAUCACACCCAUGGUUGAUGAUUACACCACUUCUCAUGAACCACAAGAGCCUGUCAACAAGUAUGUAGGGAACCAGCCCACAACACCUUUCUGGAUUCCACAUGGAAGUUCAAAUCAACUCUUCCCUAAAAUAUAUUUCUCCAUCAAUGAUGAGCUCUUAAGAAGGAAAACUCCAACAAUCUUUGACCAUAUGAAUGGGGACAUGUCUUUCCCACGUCCCAUGCCCCGUCGCUCCCUGAAAACACCUAUCAUGAGGAAUCCAUUUACUUUCUUAAAUGAAGCCCUGGAUGAUGAUCUGCCUCCUCAGUAUUUGCCAUCACCAAGUAUGUCACGCAGACUUGAAUUCAUGGGUCCUGAUACCUUCUCAUCACCAAGGAAUUAUCCUGAUACAUUUAAAACCCCAAAAUUUUCAUUCCAUGAUUUGCUGCAACAAAUGAAUCCUUCAUUCUAUGAUAAUACUUACAAUGCAAGACAAAAUGACUUCUCUCCUUCAUAUUCUUCACAAUCAUACGAUUCAUUGCAACAAUAUGAUGAUCUCCCACAUCACUUUUCAUACACAUCACCACCAGUGCCAUACUCAACACCUUUUGAGUCAUUCCAGGAACGUGAUUAUUCAGGAGUUCAUAAUUACUAUGCCAACGAACCACGAGCUUUCUCUUUCCACACAUCCACCAAUGUGCCACUGAGUCUGUUCCGAGAAGACACCAUGUCAAAAACGUAUCCUCAUCAACCACUGAAGCAAUAUGAUGACUACACAGAUGAUCUUCCCUUCAUGCCUACCAAUUCCUUCAGCAGCCCUCGUCCUCGAUUCUCCUUCUACCAAAGGCCCCAAUACUCAGCCAGCACUCCAACCUACAGGAGGUCUCCCUACUCAUACAACAACUUUUAUGGCAAUGGUCCCUACCAUCCAUCACCUAUUUAUCCAAGAUAUGCUCCCGACUUCUUCUAAUUUCAACCUUUACUGAUCUUAACUUUCCAGAUGAAAUAAAAUAAUAAAAAAAAAAAAGAAUUACCCAAGAAUUCUGUAAAAAAUUAUAUAAUUAUACAAGAGUCAUUUGAGCAGUUACAAAAUACACAAGAAAAUAUGAAUAAACACUCAAUGAGGCAAUGAGAUGAUAUGCAUUGGAUGUCAGAAUAGGUUAGAAUAAGUAUUACUUAGGUUAACAAUACCAGGUAUGAUGACAUUCAUCAAUAAAAUGCAUGUUCAAAACUCUAAAAUAAUCUUGAUAGUUUAAUCUUCAAGCUUCACAUAUGUAUUUACAAAUGCACACACAUGUGCAUGCACAACUAUGUACACACACACACACACACACACACACACACACACACACACACACACACACACACACACACACACACACACAUACUAGUAAUAAAUAUAAGAGUUUCCUUUGCUGAUCUAGAUGAAGAGAUGAUGAGGAAAAUAAUCCCCACAAUAAUACGGCCAAGAUUAGAAUAUGCAGUGAUAAUUUAGUCAGCAUGAGAGAAAAAACACAUAAAGUUGAAAGGUGUACAGAGAGCAGCAACCAAGAUGAAACCAGAAUUGCAAGGUCUGCCACACACAAUGCAGCUUGAAACCUUAGAAAGGAGACAAGAGAGAGAGAGAGGUGACAAAAUUACACUUUGUUAAUUACUGAGUGAGAUGGAGAAAAUUAGAUAAAGAAGAUCAAUUUGUAAUGAAUGAAAGAAAAACAAAGACAAAAAAAACUACAAAACAAUCACCUGCAAAAAGGACAUUAAAAGUUUAGCUUCCCUCAAAGAAGCACUGAGGCUUGAAAUGCACUGGAGGGGGAAGUGGUGUGUGCUAGAAAUAUUCAUGACAAAGGAAAAGUUGGAUGAGAACAGUUAUGGAGAUGGGACAGUACAAGCUUAGCUCCUCUCCCAUAUAUUACAAUUAAGUAAACACAGACAUACACUCUAUGUAACAUGUUUUAUCUCAGUUUAAUUUUGACGUGAUCUGAGUAUGUAUUGGGUUGUCCAUAACUAUUAAUGAAAUAAAUCUCAGUGGUAAAUAAAUAUCUAAUGCGCAAUUUUUCGAAUAAAUAUGUAGUGAGAAAAUCUAUUUCUUUGAUAAUGUGGCAUUCUAAUGACAUAAAAAAUGUAUAAACCAA